GUGGUCAAGCUCCGCCCAAGUGGCAUGGCGUCUUGGGUUACAGUCCGACAUGCGGAACUUCAAAUUUAUGCCUAAGAUAACGAAAUAAAACGACAUUCGCUCAAGAUGGAUGAUCGACAGCUCGACCUGACGCAAGAUCAGAUAGCCACGAAGGCCAAAUACCCACCCAUUAACAAGAAAUACGAAUACCUGGACCACACUGCAGAUGUCCAGAUACACUCCUGGGGAGACUCUUUAGAGGAAGCCUUCGAACAAUGUGCCAUGGGAAUGUUUGGCUACAUGACUGACACAGAGACGGUGGAACCCAUCGACACUCUUGAAGUAGAGUCAGAGGGGGAAGACAUGGAGUCACUGCUCUUCCACUUCCUGGAUGACUGGUUGUACAAGUUUAGCGCAGAUCUUUUCUUCAUCCCCAGGGAGGUGAAAGUUGUCUCCCUGGACAGAAUGCACUUCAAGAUACGAUCCAUUGGGUGGGGGGAGGAGUUCUCGCUUGAUAAGCAUCCUCAAGGCACAGAAGUGAAAGCUAUCACUUAUUCAGCGAUGCAGAUCCACGACAAAGAAAAACCAGAGAUAUUUGCCAUCAUUGACAUCUAACUUUGGACUGGCCUGGUCACAUCAUGUGGCACUCCCUUUGUUAGGCACUGACUACAAUGCUUUUCUCUUAUGUUUGAUUCGAUUGUGGUUGUUGUAACAAUGAUCAUGGCUGUAACAUAUUGAAAUUAUGAAAAUGUACUAUCAAACUAGAUUAGAGAUCUAAAUAUAUUUUGCAUUUUUAAUCAAUCUGAUGUGGAUUUUUAACAUUUAAAAUGUGUCUAUUCUCCUUGUACAAAUUUCAUAGGGUCUCUAGUUGAUUUCAUAAUCCAAAUAAACUUUAAUUUUUUUAUACUUGU